UAACAUAUUUUUCAUUUGUUGUGACUAAAGAGUGUUUUGUCUCUUUUUUACACAUAGAUAUUUUACACUCCUUGAAAUUAUUGCGUUUCUGUGUUUCUCGAAUCUGAUUUGCACACAGUAAAUAUUGUAUAUUUUUAAUCGUUCUCUGUAAAUUAAUUUGACCAAUAAAUACCCAUAAGUAUUUGACCACCCUAUGACAGUGAAACUUCUUCGUUUAAAUGAAAAAGCAAUAGUAUCGGUGUAACUAGUGUUUUAUGUCGAAAAUGUUUCGUAUGCGCAUCUUUAGUGUUAUCCAGCACAGGUGAAACACGUGGGCAGUGCAAAAGAAAAUAAACGUGGUGGUGAGAGUAGUUUUGAGCGAUGGCGGAGGCAGCGCCCGGGAGUAUCGUGAAGGAGGGCUGGCUGCUGAAGCGUGGUGAACACAUUCGCAACUGGCGCGAUCGCUACUUCAUACUUUUCGACAACGGCGACCUAAUGGGCUUUAAAGCGCAACCUGAGCGCAACAACUACCGCGACCCGCUGAAUAAGUUCACGGUGCGGGACUGUCAGAUCAUGGCCGUGGACAAACCGCGCCCCAACGUCUUCACCGUUCGCGGCCUGCAGUGGACCACUGUCAUAGAGCGGAACUUUGCUGUCGACUCCGAGAAGGAGCGCGAAGAGUGGGUGGCCGCCAUCCGCUACGUGUCGUCCAGGCUGAGCGGCGCUUCGGGCCAGCAGCCGGCGGGCCCCGACGCCGACGACCGCGACAUCGCCCAGCUCGGCACCAGCUUCCGAGACCCGCGCCGCAUCACCCUCGAGAAGUUUGAGUUUGUUAAGGUGCUGGGGAAGGGCACCUUCGGCAAGGUGGUGCUAAGUCGCGAGAAGGGCACCGGCAAGCUUUACGCCAUGAAGAUCCUCAAGAAGAACCUUAUCCUGCAGAAAGACGAGCUGGCGCACACCAUCACAGAGAACCACGUACUGAAGAAGACGAAGCAUCCGUUCCUGACGGCGCUGCGCUACUCGUUCCAGACCGCGGAUCGCGUGUGCUUCGUGAUGGAGUACGCCAACGGCGGCGAGCUCUUCUUCCAUCUGUCGCACGAGCGCUGCUUCAGCGAGGAGCGCACGCGCUUCUACGGCGCCGAGAUCGUGUCGGCGCUGGGCUACCUGCACUCGGAGGGCAUCAUCUACCGGGACCUGAAGCUCGAGAACCUGCUGCUCGACAAAGACGGCCACAUCAAGAUCGCCGACUUCGGGCUCUGCAAGGUGAACAUCACGCACGGCCGCACCACGAAGACGUUCUGCGGCACGCCCGAGUAUCUCGCGCCCGAGGUGCUCGAGGACACCGACUACGGGCCCGCCGUGGACUGGUGGGGCACCGGCGUCGUGUUGUACGAGAUGGCCUGCGGCCGCCUGCCCUUCUACAAUCGCGACCACGAGGUGCUGUUCUCUCUCAUCCUCGAGGAGGAGGUACGCUUUCCUCGGGCGCUGUCGCCCGCUUGCCGUGCGCUGCUGGCCGCGCUGCUCACCAAGGAGCCCGCCAGACGCCUCGGCGCCGGGCCCGGCGACGCGCUGGAGAUCAUGCAGCACCCCUUCUUCGCCGCCAUCAACUGGGCCGACCUGCUCGCCAAGAAGCUGCCGCCGCCCUUCAAGCCGCAAGUGGACUCGGACACGGACACGCGCUACUUCGACUCGGAGUUCACGGGCGAGUCCGUAGAGCUAACGCCGCCCGAGGGCGAGGCGGCGCGACCGCUGGAGUUUCCGCAGUUUUCCUACCAGGACCUGUGCUCGUCCGCGCACUCGGCGCUGUCGCAGCACUCGGCGCUGGCGGUGCCACGCCGUUCGCCGCCGCAGGCCGCCCGCCCCUAGCCGUCCGCUUCAGUUCUUUUGUAUAUAUUAAAAUAAAGUUAAGUGA